GCCCAAGGUGAUUAUUCUUCAACCAUCCAUCAAUCCAUGGAUGCCUUAAGAUUUUCAUCAUUUUCCUCGGAUUUGGUUGGUCUUGUGCUUGUUGAUUGUCUAUCCCGGUCAUUUUGCCGCCUCUGUUCAUCAUGCAGUUUCUUCUUUCCCUGAUAGCUAGUAAUUGGAAUUUGUUUUAGCAUUUGGUUCUUUAUGAGAUUGGACUUAUUGUUGGGUACAUGUUGUUUUUGGAGCCUGGAAAGAUAUGCAUCCCAUCAUUCGAUUCCAUGUCAAAAAGCAAAAAAGGCCCAUGUUCUUCAUGCGCUUAGCUAGCUUGCAUUCUACUUCUACGGGUGGAGAACAUGAAUCCAUCAAAAAUGCCUAAUCCAAGAAUUAGAGCUGCUCCAGUCCAUUGACGGGGGAGAGAUCGACAGCAAUGGGGGAGCUGGUGGUCGCCCGGAGGUACUGGUGCCAUAUGUGCGCCACGGCUGUCAGCCCCGUGGUGGCGGAGGCCGGGGUGGAGAUCAAGUGCCCGUAUUGCGGCAGCGGCUUCCUCGAGGAGAUGGAGACCGCCCGCAGCAGCGUCGCCGCCGGCACCGGCCACGCCAGCGGCACCUACCCUAGCGCCGACAACGCCAUCUCCAUCUGGGCCCCCAUCAUCGACAGCAUGGUCGGCGACCCCGUCCGGCGCCGCCGCAGCAACCGCCGUACUGUGGACGCCGUGGCCGCCGCAGAGGACGAGCUGGACAACGUCGACUUCUCGCGACGCCGGCGGCGCGCCACCGCGUUCCUGCGGCUCCUGCAGGCGAUCCGGGAGCGCCAGCUGCAGCGCCUCGAGUCCGCGGCCGCCCUCGGCGCCGGUGGCGGCCUCGAGGCAGAGCACUACAGCCCGUUCGGCCGGAGCAUCUUCGCCGCCGCCCCACUCGGGGAGCACGGCAUGGCGCUGGGGGACUACUUUCUUGGGCCCGGGCUGGACGCCCUGAUGCAGCAGCUGGCCGACAGCGACGCGGGCCGGCAGGGCACGCCGCCGGCAAAGAAGGACGCCGUGGAGGCGCUGCCGACCGUAGAGGUGGUGGGCUGCGGCAACGAGGAGGACGCGGCCAGCUGCGCGGUGUGCCUGGAGGACUACGCGUCCGGCGAGCGCGCCCGGGAGCUGCCCUGCAGGCACAGGUUCCACUCCCAGUGCAUCGUGCCGUGGCUGGAGAUGCACAGCUCCUGCCCGGUCUGUCGGUUCCAGCUGCCGGCCGACGACGACCCAAAGAGCUCAUGCGGCAGCGGCAGCGGCAGCGGCAGCGUGAGCACCACUACCACCACCUACGUCACCUAUGUCAGUGGUGAGGUGAACGACAAUGUCGAUGAUCAUGGCAAUGAGAGUGGCGAUGGUAGAGAUGAGGCAGAGGGCAAUGCCGCCGUAGAGCGCCAAGACGGCGAUGUGGGGGCUGAAGGAAACGUGAGCCGGCUGCCGGCGUCGAUACAGUGGCUCAACAGCCUCUUCUCCCCGCAGGGGACAUCACCGUCGUCCACUUCCACUUCGACUUCCGGCGGCAGCUCGCGGCACUUUGAGGACUAAAACUCUGCUCCGUUUGGGUGCAUUGACAUACCACUCACGCAAGGGUCUGCUGCUGCGCCAAAAUUUGGAGCUUUUCUCGUGUCUCUUCUUCGCGUGAAUCAGUCAUUUGGGUGUAAUUCAAACAAAAACAAAAACAAAGGUUGUACAGUUUAAAUUCGAUACAUUUUGUCAAAUAUACGACUGAUGUUCAUCAGUUUUCAGACUCUA